UCCCUAAUUAUCAUUGUUCUUUUCAACUUAAAGAGAGCAAGAUGGCCCAAAACACCCCCAUGUCCUUUGAAUAAAUUAAGUUUAGAACCAACGGGAAAAACAUACAUGCAUGCAUACACCGACAGAAAGAGCAAGAUGGCCCAAAACAACCCCAUAUCGCCGAACCUUCCAUGCAAGGUCCGUCUCUUAAUCUCUAUCCUGACCACCGUCAUCGACGCCACUCGCCGCUCCAAUGGCACUGUUAACCGCCGUCUUAUGAGCCUAUUCGACUUCAAAGCCUCCCCUUCGGACAAACCCAACAACGCGGUCAAAACGUCCGACGUAAUGGUGGACCCUUCCCGCAACCUCUGGUUCCGCCUCUACGUCCCCACCACCACCGACCCUGCCUCCAAGCUUCCACUUGUUAUCUACUUCCACGGUGGUGGAUUCGUGUUCUUUUCUGCCAACUCAAAACCCUACAACGACCUCUGCAAACGUCUCGCCACCAAACUCCCUGCCGUCAUCAUCUCCGUCAACUACCGCCAUGCGCCGGAGCAUCGGUAUCCUUCCCAAUACGAAGACGGCAUGGACGUCCUCAAAUUCAUUGACACAACAAGAAUUGAGGGUCUUGAUCUCAACAACGUUGACAUCACCCGGUGUUUCCUCGCCGGAGACAGCGCCGGCGGCAACCUGGCCCACCACGUGGUAAUCAAGACGAGCGACCAUGAAUUUUGCCAGAUGAGGGUGAUGGGACUAAUAGCGAUACAGCCAUUUUUUGGCGGGAAAGAAAGGACCGAAUCGGAAACAAGGCUUGCAAAAGAGGGCUUGGCGAUCACUUUGGAGCAGACUGACUGGUAUUGGAAGGCGUUUCUGCCGGAGGGAUCGAAUAGGGACCACGCGGUGGUGAACGUGUUUGGGCCAGAGUCAAGCGGUAUCUUGGGGGUCAAGUUCCCGGCUACGAUUGUUUUCAUGGGAGGUUUCGAUCCGUUACAAGACUGGCAAAAGAUGUACUACCAGGGAUUGAAGAAAAAGGGGAUACAAGCUUACUUGAUCGAGUACCCAAAUUCGUUUCAUGGAUUUUAUGUUUUUCCUGAGCUAAAGGAGUCUUCCUUUUUUAUUAAGGAGGUGAAGGAUUUCAUCGACAAGCUAUCAACUUGUUAAUAAAAUUGUUCCUCUGUCUCUCGCCAAAAGAUGUGUUUGAGUUAAAUUCUCAUCAGAAUUGACUUUCAAUACCGCACU